AUGGGGAUCAGUGGUGCAAGUGGUAAGCAAAUCAGUUUAACAAAUUUUAAUGCACUUUGAAUGCUAAAAUAAAUUCAGGAACUUACAAAUUCAACGUCAUUCAUGCCUCUGGUGUACCAUCAUAGCUAGUGAGAUGAAACUCCCAAAAAAUCAAAGAAGCCCUACAACAUCCCGUACCCUGGAACACCUUCAGAAUUGCCACAAAAAAUUCAUUGAUGAUGGGGGUGACAUAAAAAAGGCAAAGAACUACUGCAAUGUAAUCCAGAAGGCAAUUUUUGAAAUCCCAAUUGACCAGGUAUAACAUCUUAUCUAGAAACCUUCUUCAAGAUAAUGUAGAUUAUUCCUUUUGCAUUAUUUCACUAAUAUUGUUUUGCAUGAUAAUCUUCAGAUAUGCAUUCCUGGUCUCCACAUUAGCCUUGGACUGUUUUUGAAGUUUUUUGAUAUGCUUGUUGGGGAGUGUGAUGAGUUAGAUACAAAGAUUGCCUGGAAAUUGGCUGAAAGCAGUAGUCAGCUAGAUGGUAUGGGUGAUCUAAAUGAGCACAUCACACUUCUUAGACAAGCUGCAGAACACUCAAAGGCAGCCCAAGAUUACGACGCACAAGCUCAGUCAACUGAGGAAUACGUGGUACACCUUCUGACUGUGGCCAGCAAUGUUAUAGUGUUUGACGAGGGCAAUGAAAACCCAAUGAUAACAUCAUUACUCAACUCUGUAAAAGAGCUCAAAGAGAAAGCCAAAAAUGAGGUUUGUUGUGUAAUUGAAGAGCACGAAACUUUCUUAACUUGGACAAUUAAAAAAUACUUGAUGUCAAAUUGAUAAAUGGAAAUGAGAUUUUCUUGGCAUUGGUUUCAGUUUAUUCUUUCUGUCUCUUGUUAUUCACUUUUAUAGAGAGCGCAGUCAAUGGCCAUUCAGUCCAGUAAUUCACUACCGAAAGGAUCUUGGAUAGUGAAUACUGCAAUUGAGAAAUUUCUGCAGAAAAUUAAUGUCAAAAGACAAGCCUACCACAGUCAAAGUUUUGUUGGCAAUCAUGUUGACAUCUGCCUUAAGGUAAUAAGUCAGAACGAAAAACCUAUCGAUAUUAGUGAUUACUAUUCAGACUUGUACCCAUGAUUAAUAAAGUUUAAUUAUAUUAUCCUUUUUCAGGCAAACAACAUCAAAUCUUUGUGUGAAACCAUUUCUGAAACGACAAAGACCACAUCUCCAUCUCUUUUACAUGAGGCCACUGCUAUCCAGAAGAAGUUUGAAUCACUGUUAACCCUAUUUGCCCGGUGCCAUUCAAAAUACAAUAUAUAUUAUUCCAGUGAGGCAGUGGAGGACACAGAAAUUGAUGUGUUAGGUACAACAAAAACCUUGAGAUCUCCAAUUUUUUACAUCACCUGUAUGAGUUUCUGGGAUUCUAAUAUUUUGUCUACCUUACAAUAUUAUUGUUGUCAACAGAGACAGAUGUAGAAGAGUUCGUGUGUUUCUUCAGGACAACUUUCCCAGACGCUUCCUUUCCUCCCAAGCUCCAAAUGCUCGAGGAACAUGUUAUUCCUUUCAUGUGCAAAUGGCACCCCAGGGGCCCCACUCACAUAUAUAUGACGGGGUUCCGAAAGAUUUUUUUGGGUCUGACAUUUUUGGCCAAAAGGGAUUUUUUUGGGUCGCAAAAACAACAGAGGGAUUUUUUUGGGUAUUGUAUUUUUCAUCAGCUCAAAUCAAAAAUAACAUAAGCGCAAUUUAUAGUUUUGUUUUUGACCAAAACCAAAGUUGAAGUUGGCAUGUUUUAGCUUUCCAGAAGAUAAAUAAUAAAGAUUGCUCAAGCAAAAACACUGAGGGAUUUUUUUGGGUAUGCUAAAAAAAGUAGGGAUUUUUUUGGGUAGACAAAUUCUGAAGUUGGGAUUUUUUUGGGUAUAAAAUAUGAACCUCUGUCGGAACCCCCCGUCAUUUAAAAUAUGUGAGUGGGGCCCCUGGGAAUGGCACUUCCCUCUGGGCUUCUUCGGUGAGCAAGGAGGCGAAAGUGUCCGCCAUGAAUUUGUCCAGCUUGCAUCAACAUUUUCUCAUGUGAAACCAGCGACAUCACGACUAAAGAAAAUGAUGGGAGAGGAUCAUUUAGUUGUUCAUCCUAUAAACAGAGAUAUGAUUCCAGAGAGAAAGAAACGA